GAGACUGAAACAAAACUCUCCAGCCUGUUCCAUGUGACCUCUCAAAUUGCAAACAAAACUAAAAGAAAAAGGCAGGGAAAGGAGGUGGAGAGAGAGAAGGGACUUGUUUUUACUGAGUCCGGCACAAAAUGGAAUUCCUUCCCAGCUAUUCCCCAGAAAUUUGGAUGCUCCUCGGUAUCUUCUUGGCCCUAUUUAUGCUCUAUGGCAUCUGGCCCUACAAUUUCUUUAAGAAGCUGGGCGUUCCUGGACCAAGGCCUUUGCCUUUCAUUGGCACUUUUCUCAAAUACCGGAACGGCAUUAACAACUUUGACCAGAGCUGCUAUGAGAAGUAUGGCAAAAUCUGGGGACUAUUUGAUGGCCGCCAGCCAGUGAUGGCUAUUUUGGAUCCUACCAUCAUUAAAACAAUCCUAAUAAAAGAAUUCUACACCAGUUUCACCAACCGUCGGGACUUUGGGUUGAAUGGAGAGCUGGACACAUCGAUAAUUACAGUCAGAGAUGAACAAUGGAAGAGGAUCCGCACAGUCCUGUCUCCAAACUUCACCAGUGGGAGACUGAAGGAUAUGAUGCCCAUCAUCAACCAUUAUGGGAAAAAGUUGGUGGAAAAUGUCCAGAAGAACGUGGGAAACGAUGAAUCCAUAGACAUGAAAGUCCUCUUUGGAGCCUACAGCAUGGAUGUAGUCGCCAGCACUUCAUUCAGCAUCAACGUGGACUCCAUCAACAACCCCAAUGAUCCUUUCGUCAGGCAUGUCAAGGAUUUUUUGAAGCUCAGUGUUUUCAACCCAGUAAUAUUCUUGCUUGUUAUUUUCCCAUGCCUUAGACCCCUUUUUGAGGCUCUAAAAUUCAGCCUGACGCCAGCGUCGCUCACCAAUUUCUUCAUGGAUGUGCUCAAAAAAAUCAAGAAGGAUCGGCAAGAGAGUAACCAUAAGGGCCGAGUUGACUUUCUGCAGCUAAUGAUGGACUCCCAAAUUUCAGAGAACACUUCAGAAGAGGCAAAGUCAUAUAAAGCUCUAACUGACAAAGAGAUCUUGACACAGGCCAUAAUCUUUAUUUUUGGGGGCUAUGAGACCACUAGCAGUGCCCUCAGCUUCUUGUCUUAUUCCCUGGCCAUCCACCCAGAUGUCCAACAGAAGCUGCAGGAAGAGAUUGAUAAAGCACUUCCCAACCAGGCUACUCCCAGCUAUGAUGCGGUCUUUCAGAUGGACUAUCUGGACAUGGUGGUAAAUGAAACUCUCAGGCUCUAUCCUCCAGGAGGACGGAUUGAAAGAGCUUGCAAAAACACUGUGGAAAUCAAUGGAGUGACCAUCCCGGAAGGAACAGUGGUUAUAAUCGCUGCUUUUGUCCUGCAUCGUAACCCGGAAUAUUGGCCAGACCCAGAAGAAUACAGACCAGAGAGGUUCAGUAAAGAGAACAAGGAAAGCCUAAACCCAUACGUCUACUUGCCUUUUGGAGCGGGUCCCAGGAACUGUAUUGGAAUGCGUUUUGCUCUGCUGGUCUUGAAAGUGGCCGUUGUGGUCCUGCUGCAAAAGUUUUCCUUCCGAACCUGCAAAGAGACACCGAUCCCCUUGGAAGUGGCCGGCACUGUCUUCCUGGAACCCAAAAGGCCCAUCAAGCUGAAGUUGGUGCCCAGGACUGUUUCUGGACCUGAGGAAUAGAGAAAUCGGAAACGGCACCUUCUGCAUCACAGAAUUGAUCGAUACUGCGGUUAGAAAAUUUAGUGAACUGGGCUGAAAACUGUAUCUGGGAGACCAGAUUUAUGAAUUCAUCCUACCGAACCUGUGACUGGAGUCAAGAAUGGAGCAAAUUGUUGUUUUUCAUUUCAGGAGCUUUACUGAAUUAAUACUGAGAUAGUACAAUCCUAUAUGCAUCUACUCAGAAUAAGCCCAGUCGCAUUCAUAUACUACUCUCUGCAAAAUAUGUAUAGAAUUACAGCCUUAAUUUGCUUAAUUUAAGCUGAUAGAGAAAGCAAAAGUAAAGCAGUAAGACAUUCUUUAACUUUCUUAAAUCGAUGUCUAUGUAUAAGAGAGGAUAUAUUGUUUGCCUAUGCUGCUUUUUUGCUUAAAGGCCCCAAAAAAACAGUGUACAUGAGAAACAAUAUAAGAAUAAAAGGGGAUGCAUUUGAGGAAAUAGACUUAAGUCUACAAAAGCCAA